AGUUGAUAAAACCCAAAAGCAGGAGUUACCAAUAACUAGUUUUAAUUUUUUUCAUAGGAUUAACCGUCAAAAUUAUGAUACAGUUGACGUAAAACAGUGAAAACCGCCGAACUCUCAGUUUCAUAAAUAAUAUCAAUUUAGUGAUAGCAAUUAGGACAUUAAAAAUUCGGUUAAUUAAUUGAAAGUCAUUGGAUUGGGAUUGAGAUGAUUGUUGUGGGGGUUAUUAUGCUCCUGGGAUUUCCCUGGAGUGCAAUCUGUCAAGAUGUCAAAAUUGUGGAGGCGCCGAAGAAUCCGGGUGACAGUGAGCCGGACUUCGUCACGCCUGAGUACAUUCUACCAUGCAGCCGAAGCGAUCCAGCGAUCGACACGUGUAUACAAAAGUCUUUCAAUCACUUGAAACCGUACCUCAUUCAAGGUAUCCCGGAGCUUGAACUACCCCCCAUCGAACCCCUGACAAUUCCUCGACUGGGAAUGGAGAACGGACAAGGUGCUGUUCGCGUAAGCGCUUUGUUCUCAAACAUCACAGCAAUUGGACCCGGAAAUUACACGGUUGGAAGGGUCCGGGUGGACCUCCGGAACCUGCGGCUUAACCUACAUCUCACUAUUCCCAAGAUCGAGCUUCAAGGCCACUACGAGGUCGCCGGGAACGUGCUACUUUUUCCGAUUCAGAGCCAGGGUAACUUCUGGGCGUUAUUCGGUGAUGUUGAAGCCAUUGCUCGAGUCCAGGGUGUCGAGGAGGUGCGCGAGGGGGUGCGUUACAUGAGAAUCGCUCGACUCCUCGUCGACUUCACCCUGGGACGUGCACGUUUUCGUGUGGUUGACCAGCUGAAUGGUAACAAUGUAAUUGGUCAGGCAAUGAAUCAAUUUUUAAAUCAAAAUGCCAAGGAAAUUAUUGAGGAAAUGAGACCCGCAGCGAGUGCCAGUAUUGCAAAACACUUCAUGUCAUUUUUGAAUACGGCAUUUACCAAAGUACCACUGAAGGUCUGGCUCCAUGACACGUGAAUGUCCACCAUCUCUCAUAUUUUAUUGUUCUCGUGAAUUUAUUGGACUUUAGAUUUAUAGCUAGAAUAGUUCUCGUGAGUCUGUGAAUAUUUGUGUUAUAUUUUUCAUCGUAAAUAUGGAGAGAAAUGAUCAGUAAAAAUUACGUAACGAUUCACGCAAUCGGUGAAGGAGGAAAAUUUUUGGAUGUUGAAUAAUUUUGGCAGAACUGCGGGGUAAUUUUGACGUUCGAGAGGGUUUUUUUUGACGAACAGGUGAGCCAGGCCUUACUCGUGGUCGAUUGGGCAUUUUUGGGCCACCAGGGGGAGGGGAAAUAAUGUCCAAGGGCCCAAGAAAGUGUGGAAGGUGAUAGAACAAGGUUUUUUUUCAAAUAUAAUUUUUUUUCCACUUCUCAAUCAUUUUUUUACAAUAAAAAAAAUUAUGGCUCAGUCCCCUCUACCCCGGGACUGUAAAUUUCAGUUCUGUAAUUAAUUAAUAAUUUUUUCAGGUAGUUUUUAUUGAUUAUUUCCCUUCAUGAAUAUCUGUAUUACCUAUCGUACUUAAUUAACUUAUAAAUUCUAGAAAGUGUUUCUCCAUUUUGUACAAAAUAAAUUUUCAUUCGAAUUGUAUCUGUAAUUAAGGAAUGUUGAAAUUUUGUAUUACAAAUAAACAAUGAAAAAAAAAAUG